CCGACGAACAAUGACAAUCCGUCAAUCGCAUGCGUUAUCGUCGCCACAAGCCGGUUAGAGCAGAUAAUGCUACGACGCAGGUAAAAACACGUCAUACCCGUCCGUCAAUUGCAACAUCGACAACGAAAAUGUUUCCGCGGAAUCUGUUGCUGAUACUACUGCUCACCUGCGCCCUUUUUUGCUGCAGCUAUGCACAAACCGACAAAGAAGAAACCCAGGAGAAAAGUCCAUUGGACGAUUGGGUAAUCGUAUCAACUUCCAUGGUUUGCACUAUGUUCUUCGUUCUAAUUGUUCUAAUCCCCACGGUGAUGUAUUACAGGUACUUUCAUAAGAUAGAGAUAGAGACUGCUGGAUAAAGGCUAACCACAACAAUUGAAAUAUCAUCGAUUAUGUUAUAGACCAAAAUUACGGUUUGAAAAUUGUAUUAUUAAAUAGGUACAAAUAUUCGAUCAAAUUAAGAUUUAAAAAUAUACAUAUAUAUCCGAACUUUUAUCAGAGAACUUGCCAUAUGCUGCCCUUAAUCCGUAAAUGUGCACUCAAUAAACCCACGUGAAUCAACAGCGGUGCGUUGGCACGGGCUAAUAUGUAUUCGAUAAUUAAUUCGUCAAUCUAGUUUUGUAACUCGCUGUUAACGAGACCCUGCUAGCAGGCUGUCGCGCGUUAAACCCUGAUUCGAUCAAAUAUGAAAUAUGACUGUGCUUUUUUUGUAAAUGUAACUCACGUUCAUUGUAUUCUAUUUAUUUUUAGUAUGUGAGCGACAUGUGUUACCAGUCUGUUAACUACGUAUAUCUAUAAUGUGUAGCAUAUUUAUUGUUAACGUAUUUAAAUACGUAUUUUAUGAGAGACAAGUCAUUAUCUAUAGUUGUAAGAGAUCAAAAAAUAAUUUUGAAGUUCUUUUUAAUUGUUAAAAUUUUAUGUAAAUAAAUUUUUAACAAGAAAAA